AUGUCCAUUACUUCUGGUGAUUUCCCUAGUACCAGUUUUGAUGGAAACCCCUCGACCGAUCGGGAUUCGGAAGACAUAGCCCGCCGAAAACCCCGAACCAAUGCAGCAACUGGCGCUUCGGCUGCCGGUGUUCGCGCUUUGAGUGCGCAAGCCGUGGCCUUCUAUUUCAGGGCCCCUGCCAAAGCAUUCUUUCGUACACGAGUGGACUAUAUGGCUCUAGCCAAAGCUAUUAACCCACGAGUCGCAGCCGGCGGUUGGUCAUGGCAUUCUACAACCCCGGGACUUCUUGCGCACGCCGUCCGCACCUACGGUUGGCGUUUCAUUCCGGACCAGGUCCUUCCUCCACUCCUGGCAAACGUUGGAGUUGGGGCAGUUCUGUAUACUUCAUACCUUCAAAUAUUAGCCGGACUACAUGAACCCACAUUACAAGCGAGCAAACGCGUAUACCCACCACCGGGGCCAAGCUUGACCUUCACAGCCGGGUUUGCUGCUGGGGGUAUACAGUCUGUUAUUGCAGCUCCACUAGACGCGCUACAGGUUCGAUUUGACACCAACGUUAUGAUAAAGGGGCAGUACAGGAACGUAUGGCAAUAUGGAAAGCACAAGCUACAUGAAAUCGGGGUCAAGGGCAUUUUCUCCGGCUGGGGCCUGUCAUUCCUAAAGGAUGCCUUCGGAUCUGCGCUGUUUUUCGGCGUGUUCGAAACCAUCAAGGCUCAGGGAUACUUCUCUUUCAUCACGUACUGCUACGGUUCACUUCAGCCUUACCAAGUCGAGAAACUGUCCGCAUCAUUGGGCACCGAAAAUGUAGAUAUUCCACACGUCCGACCGCACUAUGCACUAGAGCCGUGUUUCUUGUUGCUGGCAGGUCUCACCGCGUCUCUUGCACAGCAGCUUGUACAGCAUCCCCUGACCCUGGUGCAGAACGUUUACUACGAACGCUUGGAGCAUAUUGAUGCUAUGGCUAAACUGGAUCAUUCUGGAAGGAAGAUGAUGAAGUACCACUAUGAAGCAUACCUGGAGCUGUAUAGACGGUGUCAACUGCGGGUGUUGCGUGCAGGAGGUUGGCGUCCGUGGUUCUUCGGGGGAUUUUUCUUGAGUGCUGUUCGUCAGGUGCCGAGCACCAGUGCUGGUCUUGUGAUUUUUGAGCUGGUGCGUCGUAAAUAUGGAGUCGAUGCAGACAUGGUACAUAUUCAGCAAGACGGGUAUGACAUCAUUUUAACAUGA